AUGUUUUACAUUGUGGAGUUUCUGGAAACCCAAGAGGUUGAAGUUGUGCCAGCACUGUGGGUUGCAGAUGAAAUUUGUCAAUGGCCAGAUCGCUACAAAGCUGACGAAUUAGUCAGGGCCAUACGCAGCAAGGAGCAGCCUGGACACACAUGGGAUGCAUUUCGUGUUCGAAUUUUAUAUAGAGCUGCAAACUACAAAACUUCUCGUCUAAAACUUCCUGAAGCAGACGCCCACACUGAUCUUCAAACAGCAGAGGAAGACGAGGAUGACAAUCCAAAGAAAAAGCGUAAAUGGCUACGAUCUCUUACAAGUCCUGAGCCCAGGGAGUUGGUAAAAAGUCCUGAGAAUGGACGAUCAACAAGUCCUGAACCCAGCUGUUCUGUGACUAGUCCUCAACCUCAUCAGUUAGAUGAAAGUCAAAGACACUCAGGAACAAGCACUUCAAAUGGCCUGGCUUCUCUACUGCACAAACUUCUUACAAACCAAGAAAUGAUUAUGGAGCAACUUAAAAUUAUUCAGAUGAAUCUGAACAAAACAGGCCAACCCGUCCAGGGGCAGGAUCCCCUCAAGGGAGAUGUGCUGCCACUCAAAGAUGUGGCUGCCCUCCUUGCUUUGGAAAAACGUCUCAGAGAAGAGGAAGACCUCAAAAACAAAAUGAUUUCUACCUUCAGUGUCAUUGGAGGAGUUGACAUUAAGGAUAGUGUUUGGCGUAUUAUGCAGCACUGUUUUACCAACCCUCUUGCAAAACAGCUCAACUGGCGUGGCAUCAAUGGCAAAACAGCUUUCCGUGGACUGCAUAUGAAAAAUGUAAUUACUGGGUCUGUGAGAAACAACAGACUAACAGCAACAGCAACUGAUCAAGAGGUUGAGUGCUACAUAAAACGAUGGCUUCACCUUGCAAGUGACCGAGAUGGAGGAAGAAGAAAAAGAGAGGAGCGAAGACAGACUUUCCAGAACAUUUGCCCAGAUCUGGCAAACAGAAGCGGACCGCCCAAGUGCCAUCAUUCCAUGCGGUAUGUGGGCCGUAUGUAA